UUAGCUGUCUGCUGUCAAAUGUUUCAGUUGGGAUGAUUGGAGAAUAUUUAAUUUCAUUGGAAAAGAAUGAUACAUUGCCAUGGAUUCCUCGUCAAUAGUGAGUUUCAACAACGAUUCUACUUAUCAGUCAACACUAAAAGCAGAGUAUAGUAACGUUAGUGUUCAUGAAUUGGCCCUUCAUGCUAUGAGAGACAGAUGUUUACUGCUUCAACGCAGAAUAAAUACUCUCGAAACAGAUAACAUGCGAUUAAAACUUGACAUCACAAAAGCAGGGGAGAAACCACCUUAUCCCCCUAUGCAAGACGAUGAGAAACUGUCACUUCAACAAAAAAUUGCAGAACUUAAUAAACAAAAAUCGCAACUACUACAUCAUGUUUUUAUGGUUUCUUGUGAAAAUAAAAAUUUGUGGAGUAAGUUAUCUUCAUUAAGAGGUUCAGAAAAGGCAAUAAAAGAACAUGGGAAACAACCUUUAGUUCGGACAAACACAUACAUACAUAGUACACCCAAAUAUGGUACUCAUUCACAAGAAAAGUAUUCAGAUUCAAGUUUAGAAGAAAUAUCCCUAAAACUAAUUAACAGCUUCAUUCAAGAAAAGUCACAACUUGUUGAACAGUACGAACAAAUGUCGCAGUUUCAGGACAUAGAUGAAGAUAUAUUGAAUGUUGAUUCCAUAGGAUUUACUUAUAUGGAAGAUCCUGCAACAGAUUCACUAAAAGAAAUCUAUAGCCAAACAGAAAAGUUACAAUGUCUUAAAAAAGAACUUGCUCAACAAGAAAAAGAUUUAAAAACUGUUAUUUCUAGAAUAGAAACUAUAAUGAGAGAUGGCUACAAAUGCCCAACAUGUGUCGCAAAUAAAAAUAUGGAAAGAUAUGAAAAUAAAGAAACAGAAACCAGUAAAAGUCUUGACAUGUAUAAAAAUCAAAUUGAAGUUUCAUAUAACAAUGAUUUUGAUGAUGAAAAUACUUCGUUAAGUAAAUCAAAUACAGAGCACCAAGAAACAAAUUCAGAACCUUAUGACAAGAUGUGUCCCAUGUGUGGAGAAAAGUUUCAAAAGGAAACAGUUUUUACAGAUUUUCAAUCUCAUGUUGAGGGCCAUUUUGUAGGUGAAAAUGAACCUGAUUCUAUCGACAAUUUUGAUAGUUUACCUAACUCACUUGAUAACGUAAUUUAAAAUAUGUGUGAUUUUAUAAUAUUAUAAUUUGUAGAAACUAUUUAUUUUUAACAUAACAGAUAAACAUUUAAGCAAUUUUAGUGUAUGAAAGUAAAUUUGCAUGGCAUUGGUUAAUGAUUUUUAUAUUGUAUAUAUCUUUAUUUAUUAAACUAUUUAAUAAUU